AGCCCUCGGUCGCGGUAUGGUUGCACUUGGAGGUGAAAAGUGAGAUAAAAAAACAUAACCUAAAAAAAGUUCCCCGAAUGCAUCGGAUCAUUUACGAAAUCGUUUGAUUCUCAAUAGAAGCGAUGAACCGGUAGGCGGCGCUACUUGUGAUUCAGAAACAUUUAUUUAAUUUUACAAACACAAAUUAAUUCUUACUUGAUUUCAUCAUUAUUUUUCGUUGUUUAGAACACACGACAAAACAGCCGCUCUUAUUAUUUCGUUAUAAUUUGGGAUUACAAAUAAAAUAAUCGAACUAUUUCACACUCGAUGCGAGCACGUGGAAUACAGCCGAUGUCAAUAAUUACCUUUCUGCAUUUGUGGAGAAUUUAUCUAAUUUCCAACGCAUUAAAUCGUGAUUUCUGUCGCGCCACAUGUGCUUGUUUGUAUUGAAUGAGGCGCGCUCACGCCAGCCCGCUCGUGCCCGCGCGGUGAAACGGGAGGCAAACUUUUGCAGAAUUGUUUUGACUGUUUCUUUAAAGUAAUUGUGCAGAAUUAAAGCCAAAACAGCGCGAAGCAGCGAGACACAAGCUUGCAAUGACAACCGGACAGUGACUGGGGCACUCAGUAGAUUGCGGUGUUUGUUUGAAGAGGAGGAUGAUCAGAGCUUGAGCGGAUGGAGUCCAGAAGCAGCGUGACCCAGCAUCGCUCCAGAGACUCUGGAGUUCGUGGCGUGUCGGGUGGCCGGUCCGUGAUGAAGAAAAAGAGCUCUCACAAGCACAGACACGUGCAUCAGUCGAGUCCUUCAGCGUCUCUCGGCGAAAGCAUCGUGGGCUGCCGAAUACAACACAAGUGGAAGGAAGACGUCUUCGGUCCGGUGUCUCGGUGGACGGGGACGGUGCUGGUCCAAGUGUCUGUCCACUCGUCUCUGUACCUCGUCAAGUACGACGGAGUGGACUGCGUUUACGGCCUGGAGAUCUUCAAAGACCGGAGGGUUCAGGAUCUGGAGGUGUUCCCCGGGGAAAUCGCCUCGUUUCGGGUCAGUGACACUCGUCUGGCCGAUCGGCUGCUGGGAAGGCCGGUGAUGCACCUGUUUGAGACGGAUGAUGGAUCCAAGGAUGAGUGGAGAGGUCUGGUGCUCUCCAGGGCUCCCAGCAUGCCCGCGUGGUUCUUCAUAACGUAUGAGAAAGAUCCCAUGCUGUACAUGUACCAGCUGAUGCAGGAUUAUAAAGACGGGGACCUUCGGAUACUUUCGGAUUCAGAUGAUGGUCCGGAGCUCGGGGAGCCGGGUGAAGAGAGCCACACACUGGUUGGGAAGCAGGUGGAGUGUGAGAAUGAAGACGGCACGCAGAGGAUGGGCACCAUCAUCCAGCAGGUUCAGGCCAAACCCUCCGUCUACUUCAUCAAGUUCCAAGACGACUAUCACAUCUACGUCUAUGACAUGGUUGGCUCAUAAUUUUCCUUUGUCUCUUGUCAUUAAUAAACACGUUAUAUAGAAAGCAACGGGAAUAAAACGAGUUCUGUUGGUUCUCGAGCUUCUGUCCGGAUAUAUUUUUUAAACCGCGGUUGACUGUGAGUUCUUGUUCAGUUCAAGUGUUGGGGUUUUUUUUCGUUUUGGUUGUUUGCUGUUCAUCUGUUUGCUUGUAUUACAAACAGAGCCUUUCUAUCUCCUGAGAUCUUUCCGACUGUAUUAAUUAAAAACAUUUCUUUAACAUAGGAAGUGCUCCUUUCAUAAAGAUGCCCUUUGCAUAUCAUUGUGUUCCUCCUUUUUUAAGUUUGUCUCCA